AUGGCGCCCGCCUCUGGUAGAAAUAAGAGCCGGAUCAAGAGUGAGUAUCCAACCAGUUCGGGUUUGAAAACACCCACGAAUCAGAGCAAGUCACGCACACUGUCACCACUCCUGAGAGAUGAGAUCGACUUGACGACGUCUUCUGACGAGCUUGAAGACGUGCCAUCCACUUCCUCAUUCCAAACAAGUCAAGCCGAACAGAUCGAUUAUGACGACGCCUCGAACACCAUUAAGGUUCAAGAAUUCCGUCCCAGAUCAGCGGCAGUUCCUAAUCCUACAUCGAGGGCAUCUUCUACACCUACGCCUGCCUCCCGGGUUCCUUCACGGCCAAUCCGACAACAGGCUGCUGCAAAGUCGCCACCCAUAAUGUCUGGUCUUGAAGUCAUCGGGAAGAAUGUCAAGACACUUGUGGAUACGAUCGAGGACCUGAAGCGAAUUGGCCUCAAGAGCAUCGACGCGAAGCUUCCUGAGCUGAUACUCGUUGGAGACCAGUCUGCUGGCAAAUCGUCUUUGAUGGGUGCCAUUGCGGAGAUUAACCUGCCCAAAGGACAGUCGAUGUGCACCAAAUGUCCAACCAAUAUCAAGACUACGUGUGCGGAAGACUGGAGUUGCCGCGUCUCGCUCCAUAACUCCUAUGACCACGUUCCACACAAGUAUACCGCCAAGAAUGACCAAUUUCCAGACUGGGUCGAGAACGAGCAGCUGGUAAUUGAACCUUUUGCCGAGCUGGACAAGAAUGAAAAAUCCAAACUCGAAGAAGUAUUGAGGUGUGCCCAAGUGGCUAUACUCAACCCCAGCAAGGCGCCAGCUGUAUUCCUUCCCGGUAUCUUUGACCCUGCAAACCGAGACAGCGAUGAGGAUGAAGCCAUGUUCUCACCCAAUGUGAUAUCUGUCGAAAUCUCGGGCCCAGGACUACCAGAGCUGUCCUUCUACGAUUUGCCCGGGCUGUUCAACGCGGCUAAUGCGCGAAAACAAAGAGGAUUGGUUGAAGUAUUUGACAACAUGACAGAAAAGUACAUCAAGCACGAGAAUGGGCUGAUUAUUUGUACCAUGUCGAUGCACAUCGACCCAGGUAAUUCAAAAACAAAAGGCUUUAUAGAAAGAUACGCCGACACCGACGAGCGCUGCAUCGGUGUCCUGACAAUGCCUGAUAGAAUGCAGGAUGGAAAGGCUCAUUCGGAUUAUACGAGCAUUUUCGAGAAAUCAAAAUAUGUCCUGUCGCCGCAUGGAUAUUUUGUCACCAAGCAGCCCGGUCCUGACUUCGAGGCUUCCGGUGACAAGUAUCACUCAACUGCUCGUGAAGAAGAGGACAGAUACUUCGAGACGGCCCCGCUGUGGAAGUCAGGGGGGGAAUGGCAUCGAUACAGGAAUCGAUGUGGCACAAAGACAAUCCAAGAAUAUCUGUCCAAGGCUUUUGCGCAACAGAUCUUGAAAAGUCUUCCGAACAUAACUGAUAACAUCCGUCAGCAAACUAGCGAUGUCGAUCGAGACUUGUCGCAAUUACCUGACGUGGCCAAUCACCAAGCCCAGAGCAUCGUGAGACAGAGUUUGAGUGACUUCAGCUAUCAAGUUCGUCAACUAUUAGAGCCCAACUCUGUUUACCGCAAGAACGCAUUUCAAAAGGAAUGGAAGAAGCUUUGUGGCCAGUUUGUCAAGGCGAUCGAGUUUAUGUGUCCGCGCUGCUGUAUCAAAGCCGACGAACCAGAAGUUAUCAAUCUGGAUGAUACCGACGACGAGGAGGAUCUGGUUCAGCAGCAUCCAAAGCGGCCCUUAGGCUUGGAACGAGCAGAAAGCCCCUUGUCCAAGAAUCCCAGAAAUGGGAAUGCCACCGCUCAGCUUCGGACCACGGAGCCAUCUACCCCAGUUCGAGGUGUGAAGAAGGAGCUUAGAUCGGGUAGAAAGAUAGCCAAACUGCCGACACUGCAUCCCAGCAUCCAAAAACUCCCGGACGACGCAUAUGGCCCCUUCAAGCAGAGAUACCUGGCUUUUGGCUAUGGCUUCAUGUCAAUCAUGGAUAUUCGCCAGGCGAUCGAAGAUAACGCUAUGGCUGGGCGACCUGGUAACGUCAACGACGUUGUCAUGGAGGAUUACGUAUUGAAGGCAAUCAAUAUGUGGAAACGCCCUGUCGAUACUUUUAUCGACGGCACGUUCAAGCAACUGCGGGAUGAGAUUAUUGGCGUCUUGGCAAGAGUGUUGAUCCGCUACAAGGAUAUGAGCUUGCACAGAGAGUCAAAGGCAAUCGUUGAGAAGUUCUUGGACGCCAAAGAGAAAGAGCAGCGAGCCCGUUCGCAAAACUUUUUCGAGGUGGAGAAGUCCAGUCUCUUUACCGUCUGUGACGCCGAGUUCGAACGCCACAAGGCUGUAGCCCUCGAUCUCCUCUCAGCCGCGAGAAAGAAGCACCGAGUACAGAACUACGUGGAUAGCCACACCGGCAUCACAAUCAAUGGGCGAGUUAGAGACGAAACGAGACUCCGAGCUGACGCCGAGGCAAACAUUGGUCCGGACGCCUACGGGAAAGAGUUGAACACUGCUGCGUACAUCCGGGGAUAUUACGAUAUCGCUCGCAUCCGUUUCACAGACUACUUAUGCGUCGAUAUGAAUGUGACGUAUUUUCAUAAGAUCAAGGACGAGAUACCCUCGCUCCUUGAGGAAUGCCUACAGAUCAACGGGGCUAAUAGCGAUCGAAGAUGCCAGGAACUGCUAGAAGAGAGCGAUCAGAUCGCUGCCCAGCGUAGCGCGCUGGUCAAGAGAAAGGAGCAACUCUCCACCUUCUCCAAAAUCCUCGACAAGCUUCAAGUGGAGAUCAACAACAAGUCUGGUCCUUCGGAAGACCGCAUGCGCGAGCUGGAUGCUCAGAUCGCUCGGCACGCCACCGCGUUCGCUUCAGCUUCGAGCUUCGCGCUCGAUGGCCAGCAGACUAUCCCCUCGAACGACGACAACGACGAAGCCACUGCCGAGUCCAGCACCAUCGCUCGUUCCCCGCUCAAGCAGGCCGCAGCUGACAAGUUGAGUCACAUCCAGACCCAGGUUGUCACAAAAAUAUACACACACGACCUCAUGUACACAACACACAUCCACCCACCUCUCUCACUUCCUCCUUUCUCGGAAGUCUCUCAGAUUUGGACGCGUACAGCAAAAUCACAAAUCGCGCACUCUCUCCUUGUUCUCAUGAAAAGGAAACGAACCGUCCCCCUUUCUACGGAUUUUCCGUUUCUCUUCUUUUCCUGGGGGAUAGGGACGGGCUUUCCCCCUUUUCGAUUCAAUUUCCUCCUCUGA